AUGAGUGAAAGUGUUUCUCUUUCUACCUCUGAGUCUACCUCUGAGUCUGAACCAGAGUCAGAUUGUCAUUUCGAUUUUGGACCGAAAAGUCCCAGAAUUCCAAUUCAUCGUAGGGACUUCACUUCACGUCGUGACUAUUUGAAAAGAGCAGUUGGACCCAUUCUAGUGGCUGGCUUACAGGCUGUGGCCAAUGAGCGUCCCUCUGACCCACUCUAUUUUCUGGCACAUUACUUAAUUGAGAAUAAGGAUCGUUUUCAAUGA